AUGUUAAAAUGUUAUGUAAUUUUCUUAGGAAGAGAACCAGGUUGUGCAAAAGGUAAAGGUGGAUCUAUGCAUAUGUAUAACUAUAACUUCUAUGGAGGAAAUGGCAUUGUAGGAGCUCAGGUUCCUCUUGGAGCUGGUAUAGCUUUUGCUUUGAAGUAUCUUGGACGUGAUGAUAUAUGUUUAGCUCUGUAUGGUGAUGGUGCAGCCAACCAAGGACAAGUCUUUGAAGCAUAUAACAUAGCAAAAUUAUGGAGUUUGCCAGUUAUAUUCAUAUGUGAAAACAAUGGAUUUGGUAUGGGCACAAGUGUUGAAAGGGCUUCUGCUUCAACUGAUUACUAUACUAGAGGUGAUUACAUUCCUGGCAUAUGGGUGGAUGGAAUGGAUGUUUUGGCUGUCAGAGAAGCAACGGAAUUUGCUGCUAAUAUUUGCCGAACUGGGAAAGGUCCAUUAGUCAUGGAAGUUGCAACAUAUCGUUACCAUGGGCAUAGUAUGAGCGAUCCAGGAACAAGGUUUGUUAUUAUCUUUUUUAUAUGCUGAAAUACAGUGUAUAUU